AUGGCGCGGGCGGAGAAGAGGCGCACCGCGAGCACGGCGGCGACGGCGGCGGAGACGGAGACGGAGAUGCCAGUCAGGUCGAGGGACCACCGGAAGGCGCUCUACUUCGCGGCCUUCCUGGUGCUCGCCGACGCCGCGCUCGUCGCCCUCAUCGUCGCCUUCGUCCCGUAUACCAAGAUCGACUGGGACGCCUACAUGUCUCAGGUGGACGCUUUUCUCGAGGGGGAGAGGGACUACACCAAGAUCGAGGGAGACACAGGGCCAUUGGUCUACCCGGCCGGCUUCCUCUAUGUCUACUCCGCCAUUAAGUUCCUUACCGGCGGCCAUGUCUUUCCUGCUCAGAUUUUGUUCGGCGUCUUGUACAUUGUCAAUUUGAGCCUCGUGCUUCUGCUUUACGUCAAGACUGAAGUGCUUCCAUGGUGGGCUUUAGGUUUGCUUUGUUUGUCCAAGAGGGUUCACUCCAUAUUUGUUCUCCGCCUUUUCAAUGACUGCUUCGCCAUGACAUUGCUCCACGCUGCUAUGGUUUUGAUCAUUUAUCACAAGUGGUACCUUGGUCUAGUAGUUUUCAGUGGAGCUGUCUCAGUUAAGAUGAAUGUCCUUCUUUUUGCUCCUUCUUUGCUUCUACUGAUGGUCAAGGCCAUGAGCAUCAAAGGAGUCUUCUUUGCCUUGUUGGGAGCUGCUGUCGUACAGGUUUUGUUGGGUAUGCCAUUCUUGCUGUCACAUCCAGUUGAUUACAUCUCAAGAGCAUUCAAUCUCGGCCGUGUGUUUAUCCAUUUCUGGUCUGUGAACUUUAAAUUCGUCCCAGAGAAGGUGUUUGUAUCGAAAGAGCUUGCUAUUGCAUUGUUGAUUCUUCACCUCACCACCCUUAUGAUAUUUGCACACUACAAGUGGUUAAAGCACGAAGGAGGCCUAUUCGGUUUCUUGCAUUCCAGAUUUAAAGAUGCCAAAUCAAUCAAACAGCUUGUUUCCAGCCAGCCCAGACCAUCCAGUCUCAGCAUAGAACAUAUUGUAACUGUUAUGUUUAUUGGCAACUUCAUUGGCAUUGUACUUCUAUUCCUUGCCUUUUCUAUUGUGGAAAACACGUUUUCAGACACCUUUGAGGAUCAUUCUAUUUCUCGCCGUGGAGUUCUGCUGGAAUAUUUACCCUUCUACUGCCUAUUCAUCACUCCUUUUGCUAUUUUUGCACUUGUGCAUUUUGUUUGGUAUAUGGUUUUCACCUGCUGA